AUGAGUGAUGCUAUGAAUCAAACAAGUGAUGCUGUCUUUACAGACAGAAUGCGAAGGUUUCAAGAGUUUUUGGAUACCCAUUCGCAUUAUACUCGAGAAAUAAGAUCAAUACUCGAGUUUAACAGCAACGUAGUGAAAGAGAAAAAGACGGAUGAUGAUUAUUUAAAUACUGCAGACAAAGAUACGAUGGACCAUGACACUAAUCAAUUGCCAUUGAGAAUAACAGUAUCACUUGACGAUUUAAGAGAAUUUGACAAAACAUUUUGGACUGGACUUUUACAAGUACCCUCGUUCUUUUUACCACCAGCGGAGCGUGCUGUUUCGGAGACUGCAAUGGCCUUAGAUGAUAGCCCUCUCGGGUUUCGCGGAUUCCAAAAUGAUCCCAGCAGACAAUGGAGACUGUCAUUCAAGGGUUCUUUCGGUCCGAAUUCUUUAUCACCACGUACCUUAAACUCAACACAUUUGAAUAAAUUGAUCUCAGUAGAGGGGAUUGUAACGAGAACCUCACUUGUGAGGCCAAAACUUCUCAGAUCCGUGCAUUAUGCCCAAACCACAGGCCAUCAUCAUUACCGUGAUUAUCGUGAUGCGACUACAACAUUAACCACAUCCGUACCAACACCAGCUAUUUAUCCAGAGGAGGAUCAAGAAGGUAAUAAGCUGGUCACAGAGUAUGGAUUUUGUCAUUACAUGGAUCACCAGCGAAUCACCGUUCAAGAAAUGCCCGAAAAGGCCCCUCCUGGUCAAUUACCAAGAUCCAUUGACGUUAUCUUGGAUGAUGACUUAGUGGAUAAGACAAAACCAGGUGAUAGAAUUAAUAUUGUUGGUGUAUACAAGUCAUUAGGUGCAGGUGGUCUAACAGGUGGUUCUAAUAACAACGACAAGGGUAACGGUGCUUUAUCUGGUUUCAGAACUGUUGUAAUUGGUAACACAGUGUACCCUCUACAUGCCAGGUCUACAGGUGUGUCCGCCGUUGAAACGCUAUCAGAUAAUGAUAUUAGAAAUAUCAAUAAGCUAUCAAUGCAUGAUAAUAUUUUCGACACUUUGUCCCAGUCGUUAGCACCAUCCAUCUAUGGCCAUGAACACAUUAAGAAAGCCAUCCUAUUAAUGCUUAUGGGUGGUGUGGAAAAAAAUUUACCCAACGGUUCACAUCUAAGAGGUGACAUAAAUAUCCUUAUGGUUGGUGAUCCAUCCACCGCUAAAUCUCAAAUGCUUAGAUUUGUGUUGAACACAGCAGCAUUAGCUAUUGCCACUACGGGUAGAGGUUCCUCUGGUGUCGGUUUGACAGCAGCCGUCACUACUGAUAAAGAAACUGGUGAAAGAAGAUUAGAAGCAGGUGCGAUGGUGUUGGCAGAUCGUGGUAUCGUUUGUAUCGAUGAGUUUGACAAGAUGUCCGACGUAGAUAGAGUUGCUAUCCAUGAAGUUAUGGAACAACAAACAGUAACAAUCGCAAAGGCUGGUAUACAUACAACAUUGAAUGCUCGUUGUUCAGUUAUCGCAGCUGCAAACCCUGUUUUCGGUCAAUAUGACGUUAACAAAGAUCCACAUAAAAAUAUUGCCCUACCGGAUUCUCUAUUAUCUCGUUUCGAUUUACUAUUUGUGGUUACGGAUGAUAUCAACGACAUCAGAGAUAGAGCUAUCAGUGAACAUGUCUUGAGAACACAUAGGUACUUACCUCCUGGAUAUUUGGAAGGUGAACCUGUUAGAGAGCAAAUAAAUCUAUCAUUGGCUGUUGGUGAAGAUAUCGAAAACGAGGAAGAAGAUGAUGAUGAGGACGUAGUUUUCGAAAAAUUCAAUCCACUUCUACACGCCGGUGCGAAGCUUGCAAAGAACAGAGGUGAUAGCAAUGGUAGCGAGCUUCCUCAAAUUGUUGCGAUACCCUUCAUCAGAAAAUACAUUCAGUAUGCAAAAGAGAGAAUUAUUCCUCAAUUGACUCAAGAAGCUGUAGACGUUAUCAUCAAAUCAUAUUCAAAUCUAAGAAACGAUCAGAACACCAAGAAAUCCCCUAUCACGGCAAGAACUCUAGAAACUUUAAUCAGAUUAUCCAGUGCUCAUGCCAAGGUAAGGCUUUCAAAGAAAGUAGAACUAGAAGAUGCAAAGGUAGCAACACAAUUACUAAGAUUUGCAUUACUAGGUGAGGACGGAGCCAACUUCGACGAACAGGAAUUUGCCGAAGGCAGAACAACCGAAAAAUCUCCAAGAAAGAAGCCAAGAGCUUCUCCAAGGAAGAAGAGAGGGGCCGUUUACAAAGAAGUUGACUCAGAGGAUGCAGAAGAGGACCAGGAAAUGGCAGAGACUCAACCGGAUCCUGCUGACGGUCUGGAAUCUACGAUGGUACGGUUAGCACCAGAACAAGAGGAAGACCUUCAAAGAAGACUAGAACAAAACUUGAGAGUGAGUCCGAGACGCCAACUAUCAGUCGAAAGAAGAGUACUUUCACAAAGCGACCAUCAACAACAGGUUCUCCACCACUCCUCGCAAUCCUCAACUGGACCCCUUGAAACUGGCUCUCAAUUGGAACCGUCUCAUAUGACCCUUGAUUUUAUGUCCAUCGAAGAGAUGGACCAGGGUUCAAUCUCAACCGGUAGGUUAUCGUCACUCUCAGGUAUUGUUGCAAGACUCAUGCAAUCAGACAUUUUCGAGGAAGAAUCGUAUCCUGUCGCCGCACUUUUCGAAAGAAUUAACGAGCAAGUUCCAGAAGAGGAAAAAUUCACUGUUGAUGAAUACGUUGCUGGUCUAAGGAUUAUGAGCGAUAGAAACAAUUUAAUGGUCGCGGAUGGCAAAGUAUGGAGAGUAUAA